AUGCCGGGCAAGAUUCGAGUCGCGCAAACCGUCUCGCUGGAAACUCCAGCUGCAGAGCAACCAAAUUUGCACAACCGAUGGCAUCCCGACAUCCCUACAAUCGGCACCAUCCAACCUGGAGAAACUGUCAAGAUUGAAUGCGUCGACUGGACCGGUGGUCAGAUUGGCAACAACGAUAGUGCUGAAGAUGUACGCACGGUAGACCUGAGCAAGAUCCACUACUUGACCGGUCCCUUCGAGAUCCAGGGCGCCGAACCAGGUGAUCUGUUGGUGGUCAACAUUACGGAUGUCCAGCCAUUUGAGGACUCACCAUGGGGAUUCACGGGAAUCUUUGAUCGCCAGAACGGCGGGGGCUUCCUCGAGGAUCACUACCCCAAGGCUGCCAAAGCCAUCUGGGAUUUUGAUGGCAUUUACUGCACCAGCCGACACAUCCCCGGGGUGCGAUUUGCCGGCCUGAUUCACCCUGGAAUCCUUGGCUGUGCGCCAUCACAUGAAGUUUUGGCUGAGUGGAAUCGUCGUGAGGCUGAGCUCAUCUCUUCGUGUGUCCAUAGCCAUCCAAAUAAGGUGGUCGCGCAACCGCCGCUCGAAAAGAAUGUGCAUGCCGGAAGAACCACUGGGGAUCUCAAAGCAAAGAUUGCUCGUGAAGGAGCCAGAACUAUCCCUGGACGGCCGGAGCACGGAGGAAACGUGGACAUCAACAACAUUUCGAGAGGAUCGACGACAUAUCUUCCAGUGCACGUCGAAGGGGCCAAAUUCUCAGUCGGCGACCUCCAUUUCAGCCAAGGCGACGGAGAGAUUAGCUUUUGCGGUGCCAUUGAAAUAGCAGGGACCAUCACGAUUAAGUUCGAUCUCAUCAAGAACGGCGUCAAGUCGCGAGCCAUCAAGAGCCCCGUUUUCCGACCAGGCGAUGUAGCCCCCAAUUUCGGCCCCGGCCGGUAUCUGACGUUUGAAGGAUUCUCGGUCGAUGAGCAUGGCAAGCAGCACUUUAUGGAUGCAACGGUGGCUUACCGGCAGGCAUGUCUUCGCGCCAUUGAGUAUCUCAAACAGUUCGGAUAUUCUGGAGAGCAAUUGUACCUCCUGUUAUCGUGCGCCCCCAUCAAGGGGUCUAUUGCGGGGAUCGUGGACAUUCCCAACGUCUGCACAACACUGGGAAUUCCGAUGGACAUUUUCGACUUUGACAUUUCCCUUGAAGCUGAACCAAAGAAGCGAGACCUCGGAUCAUGUCCAGUUUCUAGCGUGUAA